AUGGCAGAUUUAGACGACUUGCUUCUGGAAGCAGCCGGGAGAACAAAUGCAACAACCGGAAAAAGCCGCCACUCUCGUCCUCCAUCAUCGUCAAGGAGACGUGAAGGUUCCUACUCAGAUAACGGCAGCGAUUCAAGGGACGAUUCAGACGGCGGCGGCGGCGGCGGCGGCUACGCAAGUAGGAAACCGUCUGGCUCUCAAGUCCCUUUGAAGAAGAGAUUAGAAGCAGAGAGAGAAGACAGAGCUGCUCGCGACGAAGCCGGUUCUGAUCGUGAAGGCGGUGACAGUAGCGAGGAGUCUGAUUUCGGAGAUGACCUCUACAAGAACGAGGAAGAUCGGCAGAAGCUAGCUGGAUUAACGGAGUUUCAGAGAGAGAUGAUUUUGGCUGAGCGUGCUGAUAAGAAAGGCGACAAGAGCUUCACUGAGAAGCUUAGAUCCAAGAGAGAGAACGAGAAGACGACGAAGACGACGACAGUCUCGAAGAACGAGAAGACGAUGACGACUCCUCUCCCUCCUCCGGCUUCGUCGUCUCGUGGUGUUCGCUCGUCUGCUAGAUCUGCAGACAGAGCAGCUGCAAAGGACGAUGCUUUGAAUGAGCUGAGAGCAAAGCGGAUGAAGCAGCAAGAUCCAUCCGCUCUCAGGAAGCUCAGAGACGCAUCGUCGAUGAAGAGGACCUCUAAUUUAAGCAGCUCAAGCCAGAGUGACAGUGACGACAGGUCAGACGAUGAAGGCUCAAACGGAGGAAUGCUUGACAGUGACGACGAUAGAUCAGACGUGCCUACGUUUGAGGAUGUUAAAGAGAUUACAAUCAGACGUUCCAAGCUUGCGAAAUGGUUCAUGGAGCCGUUCUUUGAAGAGCUUAUCGUUGGCUGCUUUGUGAGAGUUGGGAUUGGGAGGUCAAAGAGUGGACCAAUCUAUAGGUUAUGCCUUGUGAAGAACGUUGAUGCGUCUGAUCCUGAUAAAGCUUACAAGCUGGAGAACAAGACUACGCAUAAGUAUCUUAAUGUUGUUUGGGGGAAUGAUCUUUCAGCUGCUAGGUGGCAGAUGGCGAUGAUCUCUGAUGGACAUCCGGUGGAGGAAGAGUAUAGGCAGUGGGUUAGAGAGGUUGAGAGGACGAACGGUCGCUUGCCGACUAAGCAAGAUAUAGCGGAGAAGAAGGAAGCGAUUAAUAGGAUCAAUAGCUUUGUUUACUCUGCUGAGACUGUGAAGCAGAUGCUGCAGGAGAAGAAGUCUGCGUCUGUGAGGCCUAUGAAUGUGGCGGCGGAGAAGGACAGGCUUAGGAGAGAGCUGGAAGUUGCGCAGAGCAAGAACGAUGAAGCUGGUGUGGAGAGGAUUAAAGGGAAGAUCAAGCAGCUUGAUGCGUCACGGAAGAGGAAAGAGGUUGAUAAGAAGGCGUUAAAGCUUGCUGAGAUGAACAAGAAGAACAGAGCUGAGAAUUUCAAGAACGCUUCCGAGGUUAAGUCGAUUAGUGCUGGUCUUAAAGCAGGUGAAGCUGGUUAUGAUCCGUUUUCAAGGAGAUGGACGAGAUCGUCUAACUACUAUAAUGGGAAAAGGAGUGGAGAGGAGAGCGAGGCGGCUGUUGCAGCAGCGGUUGAGGGUAAUGGAGCUGAAGCAGCGACGGAGGCGGCUUUGGAAGCGGCUGCGGAUGCAGGGAAGCUGAUAGACACGAGAGCUCCGUUGGGACAAGGAGCUGAGCAGAGUCAUCUUCAUAGCUUUGAGCUGCCGUUGUCGCUGACGGCGUUGCAGAAGUAUGGAGGACCUCAAGGAGUGCAGAAGGCGUUCAUGGCGAGGAAACAGAUGACGGAGGCAACAGUGGGAUGCAGAGUUGCUGAGAAUGAUGGCAAGAGGCAUGGACUUACGUUGACUGUGAGUGAUUACAAGAGAAGGAGAGGUCUUCUCUGA